CUAUACGGCCCACUGAAGUCCUUUAACCCCUCCACAUGGAAAGGGUUAUCUAGUCUAACAUCAAAGGAAGAAUCUAUUCUGAAACCCGGGCCCCACAUGUCACAUUGUUCUUUCGGGGAGAAUGCACUUAAGACAGGGAAGAAGUUGGGGAAGAGAGGAUUUGAUUGGUCAAAGGUGGGUCCGCAAGCUUACAAUAGAUGGUGCACAUGCACCUCACCAUAUCCUCCGAAAGCUUGUUUGGCGUCUCGACAAUAUGGUCCGAGAUGCGGGUUCCGAGAUGCUCGGCUAAGCUUAUUACGUCUUUACUUUGUGCAUGUAAUGAAAAAACCUCUAUCAUGGAUAACGGUUGAGACUGACAACCACGAACAGCCUUGCCGAGGUCAUCUUCUGGCGGAGAGGCUCGAUAUGCUUGUGAUAAUGUUGAAUGAGACCGUUGGACACUCGAAUGUUCUAGAAACUUCUCUCCAAGCACAUCACCACCAUUUUCCCUCGUUGAAUCGGAGAAUGUUUGAGCUUUGGAUUUAG